AUGACAAAAGCGAGGGCCAGAAAGCCAAGGUCAUUUUUGCUCUGUUGCGUCAGGGCACAAGCAACUUACCAUGAUUUUUUUGUAAAAGAGAAGGGAGCCUGCACCCUUCUUGCCAGCAGUGGAAACGGAGGGAAGCGAAAGACUGCGUGCAAGGCGUGUGUGACUUGCAGAGAUUGGCCCCUUCUCCCACUAUGGCCCAUGAUUGUUGCAAGGGUAGAGUUGCACAUAGAAGCGUGGGGCGCUGUGGGGGCUGUCCGCAUUUUCUGCCACAAGAUUGCUGCACCUUCUGUGAACCUGUGUGCGCAAGCUGGCCGAAUAUACGUCCCCGAGACUGCUGUCGUUUUUUCCUUUGAACGGGGUCGUGUCGUGUUGAAGGAUCGGCAGCGCUGUCCACCAGAAUUUUGCUUGAGGAAAUGCCAGUUGGGACCUUGUCACGGGCCCUGCCCCCUUGUUGAACGAACGUGUCCAGUGCAGGAACGCAGAAAAACGCACAACGGUUUUGGCACGCGCGCAGAUUCCAGCUGA